CGUGUGCAGCUCAUUACGAAGCCUUGACUUGACUUGCAUCGAACGAAAGCGAGAGUUAAACAUGAGUAGCAAAAUCAACGAGUUUUUGGAGAUUUGGUGGGUGUUAGUUUCUCUGGUUUUUUGGGGCCCAAGGGUUCAGGGUGCAUUUUAUAAUUGCACACAACCUGGAUUGGUAGCCCUCACGUUUGAUGACGGUCCCGGCGUGCCAGAAACCAACCAAGUGCUCGAUGUCCUGAAAAACUUCAAUGUGACCGCGUCGUUCUUCGUGAACGGGCUCUACAACUAUGAGACUGACCUUGCCCGCUACAAAAGUACCAUUACUCGGAUUUACAACGAGGGCCAUCAACUGGGGUCCCACUCGUGGAACCACACCGACCUCAUCAACCUCACGAGGACAGAGUUGAAGAACGAGCUGGAACACUUGGCUCAGGUUGUGAGAGAAACGAUUGGGGUGAACCUGACCGUGUUCCGACCUCCACUAGGAAUCUUCACGGAGGAAAUGGAAACCUUUGUCCAGUCGGAGUUCGGCUACACCGUCGCCAUGUGGAACGUGGACACGCGUGACUGGGCAACCCCGCCCGAUGGGGUAGAUGCCUACAAGGCCUUCUACGCCACCACGGACAAUCAUCACACGGCUGCCAACUUGAGCUGCAUUGGGCUUCAUCACGACCCUCUGCCUAUGUCGGCCCCUCUGGCGGAGGAGACGCUGACCUAUCUCACGCAGGUCGUCGGACUCCGCGUCGUCACGCUCGCAGAGUGCUUGGAGCAGGAAAUGUAUGUCCCAGUCGUGGGUGGAGGGGGGAGGGUCUCCGUGGAGGGAGACCAUCUCCACUUUCUCGUCCUUGUAAAUUUUGUUCUUAUUUCUGUACUCACUUUGAAUCCCAACUUGAGAUGAUAUUUUGUGCCUUGAAUAAAUCUUGUCCUUGUUCUCUCUCCGUCACUUAAAACUAAA